GCUUCUCCUUUUUCUCCAUCGAUAUUUAUGUUGGUUGUUGAAUCCGAUCAUAUAUCAUGAGCAAUAUUCCGAGAUCGUUAACCGACUCCGCCCUAACCCAGUUCAACCUUACCAUCUCCGCUUCCGAUCCGUGGCCGUUUUCUUUCGUCUUCUUAUAACCCUAACUCAACAACUUCAAGUUUCUCCACUGUUUUCUUGCUCUCUAGGGUUUUCUGAUUUUCGGGUUUUUCGAGUUUUCGAAAAGAUGGGAUUUAUCGCCGCCGACAGGCCCAGCAAGCACAACCACCUGAACUUCCACCUCCACUUCCCCCACCUUCUCCACCACCACCACGACAAGAACAGCAAGGAGCUCAAAGAUAUUCCGAAAGGCUGUAUGGCGGUGAUGGUGGGCCAGGGGGAGGACCAGCAGAGGUUUGUUAUUCCGGUGGUCUACGUCAACCACCCGCUCUUCAUGCAGCUGCUGAAGGAGGCGGAGAAGGAGUACGGAUUCGAUCACAAGGGUCCGAUCAGUAUUCCUUGCCACGUGGAGGAGUUUCGCACCGUUCAAGGCAUGAUCGAUAGGGAGACUUCGUUCCACGGCCAUCAUCAUCAUCAUCACCACCACCAUCACCAUCACAACCACCACCAUCACCAUUAUGCCUGGUGUUUUAGGGUUUGAUUUAUUAAUUGUGAAGAUUAUUAAGUAGAUAUAGAUUUCUUCAUUUCAGUUUAUUAAUUGUGAGCGAGGCAUUGGAUUCUUUUCUAAUUCGUUGGGACCUCAAAUAUUAUUAAUUUGUUUGGAUUUCUUGUAUGAUGUCUUAUGGAUUAGUGGAUGAUUUUUCAUGAUAAAAAAUCGAUGGAUCAUCAUCGUCAUCUUAUGUAUGAUUUUUGGGAAUAUUCGUUUGGAGACGUAAUCUUUUUCUUUA